AAAAUAGAGAGAGGAAAGGGAAAGAAAUAAAAAAAGGAUAUGAGAGAGGCGCGCGAUGUGCCCAAAACAGAAUUUCAGAAACGAAAGAAGAAAAGUAGCCACUGAACGUGACAACGACGAGACCAAACGGGAGGGAACACUGAAAGAGGAAAGCAAAUGAACAUCGAUUGUCUCCUCAAAUCUUGAAACGAGUCGUCUCUCUUUCUUGACCUGUUGUUCUCUCUCGCCAUGGAGGCUCUGAUCGAGCUCUGCGACAUAAUUGCCCAGAAUCCGGCACUAUUUACCGAAAAACUUUCAUGGAUUUGCAGCAGGUGUCCUCCUCCGGGUUCUCUCCAGGUUGGGUCUUAUAGGGUUACAAGGCCUCAGCUCAAUGCGAUACUUGCUGUCGCUAGAUUUCUUUCCAAAUGCAACUACCAGGCGGACAGCCGACCCAAAUUGGUUGUCAUCGAGUUUAUUCGGUCGAUUCCGGCGUCGUUUAAACACUCUUUCUGGCCGCAGUCAUUUCCAAUUGAAGCCAUCUCUACGUUCUAUUCUGAUUUCCUAGGCUAUAUUGUCAAGGCAACUGAUUUAUCUGGAGAUUUAGCCGGGGAAAUCGCUAGUUUCAUGGGAGACAUCGUCAUAUCGGCUUCUACUACUAACGCUAACGACACGGGCAUCUAUAGGGCUUUCUUGAUCGCUGUCUCGCAGAAUUGCAUGCCAAUCGUUACUUCAGAAGCCGAGAGGUUGGUUGCUUGUCUUUUGGAUCAGUUUGGGGUUGGUUCCCCGAGCUCACCUAGGGAGGCGGUACCUGCUGCUUCAGAGACGUCUUCAGCUCAAGAUUCGCCACCUGCAGGGAAUCAUUCUAAAGGUGCGGAUGAUGCCACCACUCUAUCCUCAAGGAAUACUGUAAUCAAUGGUAGCAGCAUUGGCUGGAAGAGCAGUAUAGACCAAAUGGGGAUAAAUUUCGGGUUCAAUGAUGGGGUAGGAGGCACUGCCCUGGUGAACCAACAAAUUGCCGCUUUUGAAGAGGAAACUGUCGAGAGCCUGGAAAAGCAAGAGAUUGCCUUAAGAUUACUUGGGCAUAUUGUGGAUAAAGUCCCCAUAAAAGCCGGGCUUUUGGAGCUGGUGAGGAUGGUUUCGAAGAGGCAGCUCCAAUCUUUAACAGCUUUUCUAAAGAUAAGGAAGCGUGACUGGUCAGAACAGGGGGCCUCGUUGAAAGCCAGAAUUAAUACAAAAUUAUCUGUCUUCCGAGCUGCGGCACAGUUGCAAAUUAAAAGUCUUGCAUCCAUGGAUUCCGAUGGGAAAUCAUCAAAGAGAUUAUUGCUUGAGACACUUGCAUUGCUCAUUGAUGCUGCAGAAGCUUGCUUACUUUCUAUCUGGCGGAAGCUCAGAAUUUGCGAAGAUCUCUUCACUUGUUUGCUUUCGGGAAUCUCACAUGUAGCUGUUACGCGUGGAGGUCAACUGUUACGAGUUCUACUUAUUCGCCUGAAACCACUUGUUCUGACUACAUGUGCACAGGCUGAUACGUGGGGAAACAGUCAGGGAGCCAUGUUUGAAAGUGUCACAAAGACAAGUUGCGAGAUUAUUGAAUUUGGUUGGAGCAAGGACCGCGCUCCUGUAGACACUUUCAUAAUGGGAUUGGCUGCAAGUAUUCGUGAGCGAAAUGAUUAUGAGGAGCAGGAUGGAAAGGAGAAACAAACAAUUCCUGUUGUGCAGCUUAAUGUUAUACGCUUGCUAGCAGAUCUUAAUGUUUCUGUUAAUAAGGCUGAAAUGGUAGACAUGAUAUUGCCUCUAUUUAUUGAAAGCUUAGAAGAGGGCGAUGCUUCAACUCCUGGUUUAUUGCGUAUUCGACUUCUUGAUGCUGUAUCUCACAUGGCAAGUUUGGGUUUUGAGAAAUCCUAUCGCGAGACAGUAGUUCUGAUGACAAGAAGCUAUCUGAAUAAAAUUUCAAAUAUAGGAUCUGAAGAAAGCAAAACGUUGGCUCCUGAGGCCACCACAGAGCGUGUAGAGACUCUUCCUGCAGGAUUCCUUCUGAUUGCUAGUGGUCUUACUAGUCCUAAAUUGCGGUCAGACUAUCGUCACCGAUUGCUGUCUUUGUGUUCAGAUGUAGGGCUAGCUGCAGAAUCACAAAGUGGAAGGAGUGGAGCAGACUUUUUGGGGCCUCUACUUCCUGCUGUUGCUGAAAUUUGUUCUGACUUUGAUCCUACCAUAGAUAUAGAACCUUCUCUUUUGAAGUUAUUUCGUAACUUGUGGUUCUAUGUUGCUCUUUUUGGCUUGGCCCCUCCUAUUCAGAAAAACCCACUUCCAACAAAAUCAAAUACCACUUCGUUGAAUGGUGUGGGAAGCAUGAGUGCCAUGGCUCUUCAAGCUGUGUCUGGACCAUACAUGUGGAAUAGUCUAUGGUCUUCAGCUGUCCAGCGUGUUGCUCAAGGAACCCCACCCCUUGUUGUUAGCUCCGUUAAAUGGCUUGAAGACGAGUUGGAACUCAAUGCUCUUCACAAUCCUGGCAGUCGUCGAGGUAGUGGUAAUGAAAAAGCUGCUAUAGUCCAAAGAACUGCUCUUUCUGCUGCUUUAGGCGGGCGAGUUGACAUUGCGUCAAUGAGCACUAUUUCAGGUGUUAAGGCAACCUAUCUACUUGCUGUUGCCUUUCUGGAGAUAAUUCGCUUCAGCAGCAAUGGUGGAGUCUUAAAUGGUCAGACUAGUUUGAGUGCUUCUAGAAGUGCAUUUGGCUGUGUGUUUGAAUACCUCAAAACUCCAAAUCUAACACAAGCAGUUUCUCAGUGCUUGACUGCAAUUGUUCACAGGGCUUUUGAAACAGCUGUGUCAUGGCUGGAGGAUAGAAUUUCAGAUACUGGCAAUGAAGCUGAAUUAAGGGACUCUACUCUUUCUGCUCAUGCCUGCUUUCUCAUAAAAAGCAUGUCACAGAGGGAGGAAAACGUACGGGACAUCUCUGUUAGUUUGUUGGUUCAACUUAGAGAUAAGUUUCCACAGAUUUUGUGGAACUCUUCAUGUCUGGAUUCUCUGCUAUUCUCGGUUAAUACUGAUUUGUCUUCUUCCCUUGUGAAUGAUCCGGCCUGGGUAGCUACAGUUCGUUCUUUGUAUCAAAGGAUUGUUCGGGAGUGGAUUACAAAUUCACUGUCAUAUGCACCAUGCACUAGUCAGGGUCUUCUACAGGAAAAACUUUGUAAAGCAAAUACAUGGCAGAGAGGACAACCUGCAACUGAUGUUGUUUCCCUUUUAUCUGAGAUGCGGAUUGGUACUGGAAAAAAUGAUUGCUGGGUAGGCAUAAGAACAGCUAACAUCCCUGCAGUUAUGGCUGCUGCAGCUGCAGCUUCGGGAGGAAACUUAAAAUUGACUGAAGCUUUCAACUUGGAGGUUCUCUCCACGGGUAUAGUCAGUGCAACAGCUAAGUGCAACCAUGCUGGGGAAAUUGCUGGCAUGAGAAGGUUGUAUAACAGCAUUGGUGGUUUUCAACCUGGAACUCCACCAACGGUCAUAGGUCUUGGCAUUGGGCUUCAAAGGCUAAAAUCAGGAGUGUCUCCUCAACAAUUACAACCUGAAAGUGAAUCAUUCAAUGAGCUACUUCUUAUGAAGUUUGUGCGGCAACUUCAACAAUUUGUCAAUGUUGCUGAGAAAGGCGGAGAGCUGGAUAAGACAUCAUUUCGUGAAACAUGUUCCCAGGCUACUGCAUUACUUCUCUCGGAUCUGGCUUCUGAUUCAAAGCCAAAUAUGGAGGGCUUCUCACAGCUUUUACGACUCCUUUGCUGGUGCCCAGCUUACAUUUCAACACCCGAUGCAAUGGAGAUUGGCAUAUUUGUUUGGACAUGGUUAGUCUCUGCUGCUCCACAAUUGGGUUCACUUGUCCUUGCGGAGCUUGUUGAUGCCUGGUUGUGGACAAUAGAUACAAAGCGUGGCUUAUUUGCAUCUGAUGUGAGGUAUUCUGGACCUGCUGCGAAAUUGAGGCCUCACCUGUUUCCAGGAGAGCCAGUAGUUCAGCCUGAUAAGGAUCCUAUUCAAGGAAUAAUUGCUCAUAGAUUAUGGCUUGGUUUUUUUAUUGAUCGCUUUGAGGUUGUUCGGCAUGAAAAUGUUGAGCAGCUAUUGCUUCUUAGUCGUAUGUUACAAGGAACUAUGAAAUUCCCUUGGCACUUUUCAAACCAUCCUGCAGCUACUGGUACCUUUUUCACUCUCAUGCUUCUUGGGCUCAAGUUCUGCUCAUGCCAGUCUCAGGGUAAUCUCCAGAAUUUUAAAAUGGGGCUUCAGUUGCUUGAGGAUCGGAUUUAUCGAGCUGCAUUGGGUUGGUUUGCUUACGAACCUGAGUGGUAUGAAACAAGCAGCAAGAAUUUUGCUCAGAGUGAGGCACAGUCUGUGUCUGUAUUUGUCCAUUAUCUUUUGAAUGAGCGAGCAGAUGGUCUUCAGUUGGACUCAUCUUUGAAAGAACGGGGGCGUGAGAAUGAAAGUUCUUUGGGUGAUAUGAAAGAUCAAUACCACCCCAUUUGGGGCCAUAUAGACAACUAUGCUGUCGGAAGAGAGAAACGGAAACAAUUACUAUUAAUGCUAUCCCAGCAUGAGGCUGAACGACUUGAAGUCUGGGCUCAACCUUCAAAUACAAAGGAAAACACGUCAUCCCGACCUAAAAUUAGCUCAGAUAAAUGGGUUGAAUAUGCUAGGACUGCAUUUUCUGUGGAUCCUCAGAUUGCUUUUUGCUUAUCUUCAAGGUUUCCAACAGUUUCCUCAUUGAAGGCUGAAAUAUCCCAACUGGUUCAGUUGCAUAUAUUUGAUAUUCGCUGCAUACCUGCAGCAUUACCAUUUUUUGUCACUCCAAAGGCUGUUGAAGAGAAUUCAGUGCUUUUGCAACAAUUGCCACAUUGGGCUGCUUGUUCAAUUACACAGGCCCUUGAGUUUCUUACUCCUGCAUAUAAGGGUCAUCCACGUGUCAUGGCAUAUGUUCUUAGAGUUUUGGAGUCCUAUCCUCCUGAACGAGUUACCUUUUUCAUGCCACAAUUGGUACAGGCUCUGCGAUAUGAUGAAGGGAAAUUGGUAGAAGGAUAUUUACUUGGAGCAGCACAAAGAAGUGAUAUAUUUGCCCACAUUUUGAUCUGGCAUCUACAGGGAGAAACAUUUCCAGAAACAGGGAAAGAAGCAAGUGCUGGGAAGAAUAGUGCAUUUCUAGCACUACUACCUGUUGUUAGGCAACGGAUUAUUGAUAGUUUCACUCCAAAUGCCUGUGACAUUUUUCAAAGAGAAUUUAACUUUUUUGAUAAAGUCACAUCUAUUUCUGGUGUACUCUACCCACUUCCAAAGGAAGAACGCAGAGCUGGUAUCCGAAGGGAGCUGGAAAAAAUUGAAGUGGAUGGGGAAGAUCUUUACCUACCUACUGCUCCUGGUAAACUAGUUCGAGGCAUUCAGGUGGAUAGUGGAAUUCCCCUACAGUCAGCAGCUAAAGUUCCUAUUAUGAUUACAUUUAAUGUAGUAGAUAGGGAUGGGGAUCUCAAUGAUAUUAAACCCCAAGCUUGCAUCUUCAAGGUAGGAGAUGAUUGUCGACAAGAUGUGCUUGCUCUCCAAGUGAUAUCACUUCUUAGGGAUGUUUUUGGAGCAGUUGGACUUAAUCUCUACUUGUUUCCAUAUGGUGUUCUCCCAACUGGUCCUGAGAGAGGGAUAAUUGAGGUUGUCCCUAAUUCAAGGAGCAGAAGUCAAAUGGGUGAAACCACUGAUGGUGGAUUAUAUGAGAUUUUUCAACAGGACUUUGGGCCUGUUGGUUCUCCCAGCUUUGAGACUGCUCGUGAUAACUUCAUGGUUAGCAGUGCUGGUUAUGCUGUUGCAAGCCUUUUACUUCAACCAAAGGAUCGGCACAAUGGCAAUCUUCUUUUUGACAAUAAGGGAAGGCUUGUUCAUAUUGAUUUUGGUUUUAUCUUUGAAAUUUCACCUGGUGGAAAUAUGCGUUUUGAAAGUGCCCACUUUAAGCUUAGUCACGAGAUGACUCAAUUGCUUGACCCAUCUGGAGUGAUGAAAAGUGAAACCUGGACCGAGUUUGUAAGCUUGUGCGUGAAGGGUUAUCUUGCCGCACGACGAUAUAUGGAUGGUAUCAUUAACACAGUUUUGUUGAUGGUCGACAGUGGCCUACCUUGCUUCAGCAGGGGCGACCCAAUUGGUAAUCUUCGAAAGAGAUUUCACCCUGAGAUGAGCGAACGUGAGGCAGCCAAUUUUAUGAUUCGCACAUGCGUUGAUGCCUACAACAAGUGGACAACUGCCGGCUAUGAUUUGAUACAGUACUUGCAACAGGGCAUCGAAAAGUAAAAGGUCAUCUGUUUCCUUGUAACUCUACUCACUAACACCCCCCUCCCCCUCUCUGGUUUCUGUAAAAUUGCACAGUUUGUAGCUCCAAUAUAGCAGGAAAAAAAAUCAUGGCACAUAUUCCUUUGAUGGAAAGGAACUAGUUUGGAUCCUUCAAAGAAGCUUCUUAUGAGAGAGAGAGAGAGAGAGAGAUGCUG